UGAAAAUUGUAAAAAACAACAGUCACACAGUAAUAUUGAGCAGCACAGUUCCGCAUCCCACCCAAUAAAAACAUUACCAAUUUUCAUCAAUCCCACCACCAAAGCCACAGUCCCACCAACCACAAUUCAAGCUGCCUAAGUUCAUCAUCCCCCUGCCAAAGAAAGGACACGACCCCAGAUUUGCUUUUGUUUAGAUUAACCAAUUUCCUUAGCAAAAUUUAGCUGAAACGGCGAAAAGGGAUCAGCCAAGCAAAUCAUGGGUUUCGUUUCGUUUAUGGGAAGAGUUCUGUUUUCCUCUGUCUUCAUCCUUUCCGCUUGGCAAGGGUUCAAUGAACUUGAUGAUCCCGGUAGAGGACAGACUGGAAAGCUUUGGGCUCCAAAGCUGGCAGUUCUCCAGACAUUUCUGAACUCAAAGCUAGGGGAGGGGAGCUUGGAUAUUGAUCUUUUGCAUAUCAUUGUCGGCACUAUUGCUCUGAAGGCAUUGGGAGGCUUGCUGUUUGUAUUUGGAAACACAAUGGGAGCUUAUCUACUGAUGUUUUACUUGCUGCUUGUCAUUCCUCUUUUUGAUGACUUUUACAACUAUCAAUAUGGUAGCCCAGAGUUUUGGGAACAUCUGGAAAGUUUUCUUCAGGUUUGUUGUCUUGAUGCUACACUCCCUAACAUGCUUUAUGAUGGAUUCUUGCAAUGCGUUGAUUAAAAUGAGAUCGUUUAUUUGGCAGUGGGCAGCAUGUUUUGGUGCAUUGCUCUUCUUCAUUGGCAUGAAGAAUUCCAUUCUUAGGAAGCAGCAGAAGAGAAAGACCCCCAAAGCAAAAGCAGCUUAGGGGAAUGUCUAAGAAGGUACCACAGAAGAUUAGGCUGUUGAAAGAGAUUUAGAAUCCGGUGAUUUGAAGGGGUUGCCAAUCAAGUCAGCUAUAUACUGGAUAUUUAUUGUGGGAGUUUUUGAGUAAAAAUUUCUUUGAUCUUCUAUUGUAGUUUGCCAUAUCCUAAUUUUGGAUAUAACUCUAACAAGGUGCAUUGUGAAGACCAUUCUUCUAGGGCAAGAUAUUAUUAAUUGUUCAGAAUAUCAUGGAUUUGUAGUACCUUGAAAUUUUCGUAGUUGUAGCAAUGAUCUGAAAUUCUGUGAAUGGAAAGCUCUUGAAUCUGAGUCUGAUUUUUCAGAACUGUAGUCUGGGAUGAUGUUCGUUUACAAUCCUUUCUUAUAGAGUGAAAUAUGUUAUCCUUAACAAAAUAUUUUGGUAACACUGGACCAAAUUUUGCUAUUCAUGUACGACAAGCGUGAUAAUCAUUUUAAAACUACCACCUAUCAGCUUGUAUACA